CGAGCAGUGGCACCCUCCCACAUGAUGCAUGCCCACACGACGAUAUCCAGUUGAGGAGUUGGUGACCUAUAUCUAUAUGGUCAUGUGGAGAUAUCAAUAUUGUAGCCUCCGUUCAGCGCUGCCUCACAUGACCGCUUUCAGAAAAGUUUUACCAGCAGCGGUCGUUUUACCAGAGACAGACAGACAUGCGGAGCACAAACGUUAGACUGGGACGCCACGACCCUCCUCCUUCCUCUAGGGGAAGACAGGGGACGAUCAUGGCCUACCUGGCUGUCUGAGUUGUGAACACCCACCACCAAAUAAUUCCAGCAGAGACAAGUUAGUCGUCCUGCACAUUGGUGGAUAAAAGAUACAUCCUCAUGAUGCCUUUCUUUUUAGAUAAUGAUCUUCAUCGAUGAUGGCAUGUAAUAAGUAGUCCUGAAUGAUAGCACCAUCAUUUCUCUGCCGUGUAAUGUAAAAAGAAAAAGAAAAGAAAAAACUCUUCGAACACGAAGAAGCAGAGCAUCCAUGCCAUGAUACCAACUCACCUUUUAUAGCUGAUGAAGGUCAAAAGGAAAAAAAAAAAACUAACGUGUGCAUGCAAGACGAGGUAGCUAGAUGCUAAACUGAUCCCUAAUCAUGCAUGCCCAAUGAUGCGUGUAAACAAAUGCUGAACCAGCCUCAUAUUCUCACCAAACCACCCCCAACAAACUGCGUACUUUGACAAAAAUCAAAUCAAAUACGAGCCCCCCAACAAACUUUAACUACCGCUAACAGACAGGUACUGCAACGUACGUAUUAUACACCAAAUUAUACAACGUACCAGAUGUUUGUCUUCGUCCUCGCUCGCCUACCAACCAAUGCAGCAGUACAAACGAAGUCAAACAAUCCUUCCCUCCAUCGGCCUCGCCUACUCUCUCCCUUUCUCUUCUGUCUUCUCUCCCCCGGCCCAACCACCAUGACAGCAAACCAUCACCGCCACAUGACCGAAACGCCCCCGCCACAAAAGCCUCCGCUAAUGAUAUCAGCAGCCAAUAUCUCUCUAUCUUGAGAAGCUGAGAUCAUUUAAUAAUGGCGAGGUGCGUGCUGUUUCAAAGUUUCAGAUCAGGGGCAAGCAUGACAAGUUCCCUCCGAGCCUCCAGUUAAACCUUCCCUAUCCCGAUUCCAACUCCCUCGUUUCUUCUACAAGCUACAACUCCAGCACACAAACAUCCAUCCAUCCAUCCAAGGGGGAGAGAAAAAGGGUGUAAGAGGAGGAGGAGGAGGAGGAAGAGGGCGAGGAGCUGCCUCUGAAAGCAAGCCAUCAUUAGGCCGCCAAAUGCGGGAAUGCGUAUUGGCUAACAGGACAAGAAGUCGAGGACCAAGGAGCAGGAGCUGCGUCGGCGUCGGCCGGGGGACGGACGACGGGAGAGGAGAGGAGCCGGCCUGCUAGCUAGCUAGACGCCGCCAUGUCGUAUGAUCAGAUGCUCUCGCCGCUCCUCGGAGGCGCCGGGCGGUCGGCGUGGACGCCGCGGCUGCAGCAGCUGGGCGGCGACGCCGUGACGAGGCAGAUACUCAAGUGCACGCGGUGGCAGCUGGAGGAGACCACGGACUUCGUCACCUGCCCCUACCACUACUACUGCGACAGCUCCUACCCCGGCGACUACCACUCCGCCGUCGGCGCGCUCGUCGCCGCCUUCGCCGCCUACUGCUUCGUCGCCGCGCUGGCCUUCGCCGUGCUGGACCUCGUCCGGAGCGGCGCGGCCGGCGUGAGGGGCGUCAAGAGGAAGUACCUGGUGCCGUCGGGCCCGUUCCUGCUCCCGCUGGUGCUGCUGGCGCUGGCCAAGGGGCAGCGCGUCAACGCCGUGUUCCCGCUCGCGCAGCUCGGCCCGGCAUUGCUGCUGCUGCUGCAGGCGUCGGCGCUGGCGUUCCGGAACGAGGCCGACGGCGACAUCCGGUACGCGGUGCUGGAGGCCUCCACGGUCUCCGGCGUGCUGCACGCCAGCCUCUACCUGGACGCCGUGGUGCUGCCCUACUACACGGGGCUGGAGGCGCUCCGGUGGUCCCGCUUCUCCGGGGAGUGCGCGUCGUGCCUCUGCCGCAUGGAGCCGCUGGUCGUCGGCGGCACGGCGAUGCGGUACCGGGGCCUGUCCAAGACGGCGCUGGCCAUCAUCUUCGCGCUCUGCUCCAGGAUGGUGUGCCGGAUCUACGGCGAGGAGCGGCUGAGCGCGUGGACGCGGUCGGCGCUGGAGGGCGUCGGGUGGGUGUUCGUGGCGGCCGACGCGGUGUACCUCGUCGGCUGGGUGGCGGCCGAGGGCGGCGCCGUGGGCGUGGCGGCCUACAGCCUGGUGGCCGGGCUCGUCUUCCUCUGCGUCUUCGGCAAGGUGUACAGAUUCUUGGCGUGGGUGGAGUCGCGGCAGUCGCAGUGGAAGUCGAGCCUCUGCCACGCCGUCGUCUGAUCGCCGUAAACAUCUUCUUCCGUCCGUCUGUAGAGAAAAAAAGAAGAAAUUAAGAGAAAGAAACUCCUCCUCCUCCAUUUCUUAGUUCACCCUUUGUUUGUUAAUUUUGAUGUACAAAUUUACAGUGCAUGACACAAUGGGAAGAAAGGCAAGAAAUUCUGCAAAAAUUCCACCUGAAA